GCUGAAACGUUUCGGGGAAUCACCGCAACGAGGCUCAUUGUGAUUGGUCGGCGGUAGUCGAAUGCAUUUUUGACAGUCAUCGAGGCGUCUGCGAUUCUUCGCCGGUUUUCAUUGUUUUUUCAGUUUCGUUUAGUAUGUAAAAGUGUCGUUUGUGAUGUUUUAUGUUCCCUUUGACUUACUUGAGUGAUUUCGAACAUUGGAUCUUGUGAAAAUUUGAAGAAAUUCUGCUUAUAUGGUUUUUAUAAGUAGCUACAAAGUAAAUGUAAAUAAAUUAAGUAGGUCAAAUGUGCAUCGCUUCCAGGAAUCACAGCAGUGAGCUGCAUUCUGAUUGGUUGACGCUGGCCGAAUGCAUUUUUAAUGGUUUUUAAGCGUUUCCGACUCUUCGCCGGUUUUUACGGAUUUUUCAGUUACAUUAAUUAAUUAAGUAAAUGUAUCCUGUGAGUGUCUAUGCUUCCUCUGAGUGAUUUGUGUUAUUUCCAACGCGUCAUUUUGUAUAAUAUUGAAGAAAUUACAGUGACAGUGGCUUUAGGUCCGGUGAUAUUGCCUGGAAUAUGUCAUGUGUUUUGCUUUCCAAACCCCGUUUUUUUCAAUGAUUUGUCGCACCAAAAUUUCACAAUUAAAUCUGAUAAUACAAUCACGUCUACCACCAAUGGUACUGCUCCGAAUGUGACACCUCCACCAGAAGCCAACCGUCAUGCCAAAUAUCAUUUUCUAAACAAAAAGGAUUUCGAGUACUUCUCCAAGAAGUAUCAGAAGAAUAACAGAGGAAAAUUGAGUAGACAGAACAGGAUUUCUCCAGAAUUUUGUUUUAUAAUAUGCGAAUGCACCAACAGAUUUUGUAGCUUCAACAGAGUUGAGCUUAAUUUGAAUGGGGAUGAUAAAUAAUUAUUAUAAAAUUGGCGUGUUAUUCCAUUUAAUACUACUUUAAUUAUAUUUUUAGGAAUUACUGGACCAAAAUAAUUAUUAUUUGCAAAUUAACAAUAAUUAAAAUAUUGAAUGUAUAAUAAUAAAGGUUUUAUUGUUAUA